UAUUGGUGGGUAUUUUCAAGUUGGCCGUUUGGCAGAAGCACGUGAGAUUUUUGAUGAGAUGCCACGAAGGAAUGUUGUUUCCUGGACUACGAUGGUAUCUGGGUAUGUGCAUAACAACCACGUGGAUGUUGCAAGAAAGCUUUUUGAAGUGAUGCCGGAGAAAAAUGAGGUUUCAUGGACGGCAAUGCUAAUAGGUUACACUCAGUGUGGACGGCUUGAAGAGGCUUCAGAGCUUUUUCAUGCCAUGCCGGAUAAGUCAGUUGUUGCUUGUAAUGCAAUAAUACUUGGGUAUGGCCAAAAUGGAGAGGUAGCUAAAGCAAGGGAAGUUUUUGAUAAUAUGAGAGAGAGGGAUGAUCGGACAUGGAGUGCGAUGAUUAAAGUUUAUGAACGGAAAGGUUUUGAAUUGGAAGCACUUGACUUGUUUACUUUGAUGCAAAGAGAAAGUGUUAGGCCGAAUUUCCCUUCUUUGAUAAGCGUUCUAUCUGUUUGUGGCAGCUUGGCCAGCCUUGAUUAUGGUAGACAAAUUCAUGCGCAGUUGGUGAGAAACCAAUUUGAUCAUGAUGUAUAUGUUGCCUCUGUUUUGAUGACAAUGUAUGUUAAAUGUGGUAACCUUGUGAAGGCAAACCGGGUGUUUAACAGGUUUGCUGCGAAGGAUAUAGUUAUGUGGAACUCAAUGAUCACCGGUUAUGCCCAAUAUGGUUUAGGAGAGAAAGCCUUACAAGUUUUCCAAGAGAUGUGCACCUUGGGCAUAUCACCAGAUGAGAUCACCUUUAUUGGAGUUCUUUCAGCAUGUAGCUAUAGUGGGAAGGUAGAAAAAGGUCUUGAAAUUUUUGAGACAAUGAAGUCAAAGUACCAGGUGGAGCCAAGAACUGAACAUUAUGCUUGUAUGGUUGAUCUGCUUGGUCGAGCAGGAAAGGUAAAGGAGGCAAUGGAUUUAAUUAAGAAAAUGCCAGUUGAAGCAGAUGCCAUUGUUUGGGGUGCCUUAUUAGGCGCAUGCAGACAACACAUGAAAUUGGAUUUGGCAGAAGUUGCAGCGAAGAAACUUACAGAACUUGAGCCCAACAAAGCAGGGCCUUACGUCUUGCUAUCAAAUAUUUAUGCAUCACAGGGUAGAUGGCAUGAUGUCGCAGAGCUGAGGAAAAACAUGAGAACAAGAAGCGUUAGCAAGUCACCUGGCUGUAGCUGGAUUGAGGUCGAGAAAAACGUUCAUAUGUUUACUGGGGGAGAGAGCACGGGACACCCAGACCAUGCAAUGAUCAUGAGAAUGUUAGAGAAACUAGGUGUAUUGUUAAGAGAAGCUGGUUACUGCCCCGAUGCCAGCUUUGUAUUGCAUGAUGUGGAGGAAGAAGAAAAGGCACACAGCUUGGGUUAUCACAGUGAGAAACUGGCCAUAGCAUAUGGACUCUUGAAGGUACCCCAAGGGAUGCCCAUUCGGGUGAUGAAGAAUCUUCGCGUUUGUGGUGAUUGCCAUUCUGCAAUUAAAUUAAUAUCCAAAGUUAUGGGAAGAGAGGUCAUAUUGAGGGAUGCUAACAGAUUUCAUCAUUUUAAGGAUGGCUUGUGUUCUUGCAGAGACUAUUGGUGAUAGCAAACCUUGUGUUAUGGGGAUAGAUCCUAGGACAGACUGGUUUUGAGACAGGAAUCAUGCCUAGCAGAGUUUAUUGGUUAAAUUUUUUUUUAGACUGAAAAAUUUGACCAUGGCAGGCAGACAAUGAUACUUCAAAAAUGAUGAUACUAUAUUAUGCCAUGAGGAGAACUUGCUAAAAUUGUGUUGGUAUAUGGUUUUCAAAUCAAUCAAGCAAUUUGAGGUUCAAAUAUGGUCUUUUCUCAAGGAAACACUAUUUAGAUGCUCCUUAUGGCCCAAUUUUAUUGCAUUGUCCUCCAAAUUAUACAAUUGAUAACUUAGAGUUUAAGGUCUACCAUGAGGGGUCUGGAUUUGAAACGGUUAUGAAGUACUUUUCAGUGUAUGAUCAUGUGAGAAAGGCAUGGGAUGAUUGCUUAUAGAGGCUCGGCUCAUGUUCAUUUGCUGCAUUACUAGAAAAUUCUCUUAUGGUCAGUUGACUGUAUAAUUCAUGGCUGGAACAUGACAUGAUACACAAGGAGUUGAGCCGAGGAGGGUGGAACAUAAAGCUUUUGUUGCAAUGAAGUUCAUUCAAGAAGAGGUCAUCUUUUAACUAAUUUUAAAUUUCCCCCAGUUCCUAACGUACUAUGAUUUGCUUAUUAAUUUGUUGUUAUCAAAACCUCUAGUUUCCUUUAGGCCCUGCUAUCCACCAUCAAGUUAGUGAGAGUGUGUGCAUGCAUGAACUAGUAAAAGAUUUGAAUAGUGUUAUUCACAAUUGUUGUGUAAGAUUCUUUUGGAUUUUUCACUCCUCUUAGUGGAAAAUCUGUUAAUGAUUGCUUGCUACAUAGGUUGUUGCCGACAUGAUAUUGACUUCUAGAGCAUCUGGCACUGCGUAAUGUUGCAGACUUUGUUCUUCUUGUGCUUUGUUGUUUCUUGCUUUAUAAGAAUUUCUGUUCUUCCUACUGAAUGUAACGAUCAAAUUCGGGAGAGCCUCACUGAAAAUUGGGCAGGUAUUCUUCUUAUUCAAACUUUCAAUUCCUACUUUCAUGACCAGAUUUUCAUCACUUAUCUUCAGGAAUUGCCUCACGAAGACGGACCUUCAGAAAAGAUAUCGAGAUGACUUCUCAUGACUAUCCCCGAACAGGUGCAUAAAUUGUUGUAGAUGGUGUUUAGUUCUUGCUGUUUGUCUUCUACCUAAUCUUUACAAUACAAUUGGGAUGUAGGAACUUGCAGAAGUAGUGUAAAUGUAUUUUUCUACAUUUGAGACAUAGAAUGAUGUAAGAACUUCCCGCCUCCAUCUAUCAUACUGUCUAAGUGUUUAGAUUCAGAGGACACGGAAAAAAUUGCAGUUUCCUAAACGCAAUUUGCAUUUU